UGUGCAACCGGAACGAGAAUUUCAUGUAACAUGUGUAGCUAGUUGUACAAGUCGGCGGGGUCACGUCAUAGAAAAUUACGUGCAAAACCAUACUGAAAUCAACGACCAACGCCGGUUUUAACCGAAUUUUAAUUUUCAAUUUCAUCACCACCGAUCACAUCUAAUUCACCAUGGGAAAGGAUAGCGGCCCAACUCUUGGAGAUCCCGACAAGGGCGCCAAGAUCUUCAAGGUCAAAUGCACCCAAUGUCAUAUCAUUGAUAACAGUGGGAAGCACAAGCAAGGACCCAACCUGAUGGGGCUUUGGGGCAGGAAAACUGGAUCAGUUGAAGGAUUCAAGUACACAGAUGCCAACAAGAACAAAGGCAUCACGUGGGGUCUUGACACGUUAUGGAUCUACCUUGAGAACCCUAAGGCAUACAUCCCUGGCACCAAGAUGGUCUUCGCUGGCCUCAAGAAAACCAAGGAACGAGCCGACCUUAUCUCUUACUUAAAGGAGAAGACGACGGGAAACUACCACAAAGACGAUUAAUGACACAUUAGCUAGGUGCAACGAGACCUAAAGCAUUUCCGCAAAUACUGUAUUGAUAAUAUAUGAAAAAACAAAAAGAUAAAAAUUAAAAAAAAAAAAAAAAAAACUUUAAAUAUGGUCAACACUGUUUUAUAUUGAUGGAAGAAUCCCAUUUUCUUCCAAUUGAACCAUAUAUACUCAGGAAAUGGAAAAUUCCAUUUUCUGAAUUUUAUUUCAGUCGACUUGAAUACCUACUUACAUUCGUAAUGAGUAAUGGCUAACGAAUGCCUCUGUAGUAUGAUAGAGCAAUCACUUCUCAGCAAUGCUCAUUGUUGUGGAGUAUGUUGAAAGAAUUCAUAGAAAAUUUAUCGUGAAUAUUGAAUUUCAAUUAGAAAUUUAGAAUGGAAAACCAAUAGUCAUAUUUAUUGUAGGUUAUCUUCAUAAUUUCUCCCCCAUGACAUAUAAUGAUAUCUCACUUUGCCAUUCUCUCACAUUGGUGUAUUUGAUAUAGAGCACUAAUAUAUUAAGUUUUUAUAUUCAUGGGCACAAAAAUUGUAUCUAACAUGUAUUUUGAUUCAAAGCUUAUGCAUACAUGUAAAUUGUGCUUUGUGUGUGAAAUUUUGUCUAAAUGGAGGAUAUACUCCGUGUUCAUCCCUAUAUGUAGAAUAGCAAUAACUAAUUGAAUCGAAAGAACGUUUCUCUUAUUUAACCAUAACGGUAGUUAUAUUUUUUGUUCCAUUUGUUUUGAUGAAUUGCAUCAGUAAAAAGGUCUACCGAUAUAACUUGCCUAAUUAUGAUCAUGAAGUAAAUACAUGAACAGACCUCAUUUAUAGAAAGGAAAGUCUAGUGAUGUUUAAUUUAAACCCAGGAUAUUAAUGUACAAAUUGCAGUGCACAUGUAUGUUGAAAUGGUCAAUACUGUUAAGAAAUGUUUAUGCAUUCAAUGAGAUAUUUGUCCUUUGGAUGAAUUGAACCUAAGCUGUUAAUGCUUAUUUGAAAGAGGUCCCCCUUUCUCUAUACAAAUAUACCUAGUAUCAGGCCAUAUCAAAGUUUGGCGUUUGGUUCUGAUUUAGUUGUUACAGGCUUGGUUCAGAAUAAGAUAAGGUCGAUAUGGCUGGUUUUAGUUUUGCACCACUCAUGAGUUCAUUACCAGCACUUGCGAUUCUUAUUCAUAGAUAAUUUUUUUAUUUGCUUGUGAUAGCCUAGUCUGUAAUAUGGUAUUCAAAUUGAACUUGAGCCAAAUCACUGGGUUUAUUGCAUUUAUUAUGGGAAGUUUCCGGUAUUGGUGUUGGGCUGGUGCUGCCUAACACCAACACCAGUCCAACAUUCAUGCUAUUGAGCGACUACAGAAUAUUUAGACUUUACCCCCUCCCCCCAAAAAAAAAAGAGAGAAAAAAAGUAAAAGAAGAGGAGAGUGAGAAUUAUCUAACGGGUUUGUUUUUGGCCGUAAUGAAUUUAUGAAGUAUGCUGCAUGUUUUACAUCGGGGAGAAAUCCACAAACUGUUGAAAAUCAAUUUUCUCUCAUAUGCAAUCAAUUUCCUACAAUAUGAAGUUACUUAUAGGAUUCAAUUGGUCUGUAUUUUUUAAUUGUUAUUAGCAGUAUUAGGGGAUUCCCUCCCAUGUAAAAAAGAUGGAAGUUAAUAUCAAAUGAUUAAACAGGAGUGAAAUUCACAUGAAAACAUUGCUUUUUGUGAUUAAUGAAAAUUGAUUAAGACGAUACAUUUCUCCAAAUUGUCGUACAAUUUUGCAAGAUAUAAAGUAACCUAUAUCUAUGGGUUCAAUGUUUUAUCAUUUGCAGUUUUAAUCUUGAGGGUGAAAAUAUUUUCACUUAUUAAGUUUUUUUGAUGUGCUUAUAUGUUUUCAGGUAUUUGUCCUUCAUAUUGUAUACCAGUGUCAUGUUUUGUGGGUUUUGAAGGUGUACAUGUGUAGAUAGACAAGUUUUAUUGCAUCACUUUUUAUCAUGUGUCUGAAAUUGAAGGUGAGAUAUCGAAAGGAAAAAAAAUGGUGUUGAAUCCUUAA